AUGGAAGUGUUUUUUGAGGUACUGCGCGAAAAAACCCACGUUCUAGUGGAUUUGGAAGAAGCAGACACGGUUUCCCAAAUCAAGCAGAUCAUAGCUGGUGUAAUCGAACGGCCCUUAUCGGAUAUUAUCCUAAAACGGCCGAAAAACGUGGAAUUGACUGUGUGGGAGACGUUGGAUGAUAAACAAGUUGUCAGGGAUUUGGGCUACACUCCCAAAACUUCGAAGCCCGAUGAGCCGAGCAUUUUGGCGUUUUUACUGCCUGGUAAGUGGGAAAUUGUUGUUUGAUUUCAAGGUUUAAAGGGAUGAAAUUUUUGCCUUGUUUUGUAAAUUACUAUAAUUGUCCUCUUCAGAAGACCAGAACGAAGUCAGAAUCACGCCUUUAUCGAUCCCACCGCCUUUACCCGACGCUAUGCAGAACAACGAUAUGCAAGUGGACAAUUAA